UUUUAUUGGCUGGCAUAGCAUACUUAAAAGUGAAAUACAUCCGAUAGCCCUACAUUGCAGCUGAGCUGCCUGAAGUGUCUAUCCGGGGUCGCAUAUUGAACAUUUUUCAGGAUGCAGACAGACGAAGCAGUCAACAGAAAAAGGCUUCUGCUUAGCUUUGUAUUGUCCUUUACACUUUUUGUGGACAUGGGAAUGUGUAAUACAGUGGCAUCAGAGCUGAGAAUCACAACAAUAAAGCAAGAACCUUACACCAUGACCAAGGGCACGCAGCUGGAGGGUUUCUGCAUGGACCUUCUGUCUGAAGUAGCCAAGAAAGUGGGCUUUAAGUACAGAGUUCAGCUGGUGAAGGAUGGUUCGUACGGCAGACAGGAUGAGACUGGAAACUGGAACGGGAUGAUUGGAGAGGUCAUGAGAGGGGAGGCAGACCUUGCGAUCGCUCCACUGACUGUCACCGCGGCUCGGGAGAAAGUGGUGGGAAUGUCCAAGCCGUUCAUGCAGACAGGAAUCAGCAUCCUGCUGAGGAAGGACAUCUCCGAGGAAACGGGCUUCUUUGACUUUCUGACUCCCUUCACGGCCGAGACCUGGAUCGGCGUACUCAUUGCCUACUUGGGGACGGCUGCUUGCAUCUUCACAGCUGCGAGACUCAGUCCAUGUGAGUGGAGUCAGCCUCAGAGUGAGCAUAACAGAUUCAGCCUCCUUCACAGCUUGUGGUACACAGCUGGAGCUUUAACACUUCAAGGUGCUGGUCCUCACCCCAGAGCUCUGUCGGGCCGCGUCAUCUGCUGCAGCUGGUGGUUAUUCACUCUCGUCCUCUUGGCUAGCUAUUUCUCCAACCUUAGCUCCUCCAAAAUCUCAGAGUCCUCGCACCUAAUGGUGAAAGGGUUUGAGGACUUGGCCAGUCAGGACACCAUUGAGUACGGCUGUCUGGCUGGCUCUUCUACGCUCGCUUUUUUCAAGAACUCGAACAAUCCUGUGUACCGCCGAGUCUACGAACACAUGGAGAGGACGAAGAGUUUUGUGUCAUCUAUGGACGAAGGGGUCCGACGUGCAAAGGAAGGAAACUUCGCCUUUAUUGGGGAGUCUGUGUCUCUGGACUUGGCUGUAGCGCGUCAUUGUGACCUGGUCAGGGCACAUGAAGUUGUUGGCAUGAGGGGAUACAGCAUUGCCGCCAGCAUCGGCUCACCCAUCAUCAAGAACCUCAGUGUGGCCAUCCUGCAGCUGAGCGAGGCUGGGGAGCUGACGUACCUGCGGAGCAAGUGGUGGGCCAGCAGCUGCAUGGCCGACAGGGCCCGGUCGCUGUCUGCGCAGCCACACGGCCUCAGGGGGAUGUUCCUGGUGCUGUCUCUGGGCCUGGGCCUGGGAACUCUGCUGGCUGUCCUAGAGCUCACCUCCAAAAGUCGCAAAAACGCAGUGGAGCAGAAAAAACCCUGCUGCACUUUGCUGACUGAAGAACUGAGUCUGCGCCUGAGGACCAGCAGUGCUCACAAACUCCAGGAAAACGUGGACAAAGACAAAGAAAAGGCAUAGAAAUGUCACUUUAACUAAACUAAACUGUGAUUCUUUAAGGCUCUUUGUUUGACAAGAAUAUUCAUUCAAACUCACAUUUGUUAAAUCAUUUAUUGAUUUAAAGUACAAAUGCUACAGGUUUAAUGAAAAAGCAAACCUAGAUUAAAUAUUAUAAAAAUAUCUCCACAUUUUCACCAGUUUUACUAACAGAUAGACAUUGAACAUGUGGUGUUACAUUUUCACAGCUGUACAUCAUGCUUUUGGUACUGUUGGCAAUGGCGUCACAUUUAUUUCCACAUCGUCUUCUUAAAACCAAUUUCAUGUUUAUUGUAAACACCAGCAGCAUUAACAUCUGCGUGGAAUGUAAACAUUAUUGGAGGUCUAAAACAAUAAAGCUGUCUAACUGUG